UUUUUUUCUUUUCUUUUUUUCCGCCUCCAUUGACCCUUUUCCUGUUUCGUUCAUUGCUCGCUCGUCAUUUCCCUUCUCCUCCUGGUUCGUUGCAUUUCCCGAUCUGCAUUUUCUUUCCGUUUGUACCGUUUUUGUUCGAUUGUCCAGCCCUUCCACAAAGACAACAUCUGGCCUGGCGACUUGAAGCCACCCGAAUCCCCGUCGCUCCUCCUGCACGGCGAUUCACGAAGGCUCAGGCGCUGGCGUGGCCUAUCCCCCGCACGACCAACUGCGCCCCCUUGGAAUCCAUCCCCCCGCAUCGAGAAGGGAUUCCAAAGGAGGCACUUCCUGCAGGCUGGGACGUUGGAUUGGGCUGAUAUAUGGGCGCGUGGUUCUGUUUUGUUUUUGCUGCUUCCCGGGCUCAGCUGCAAGCGUUCCCUGGACAUCAGGCUCACUGGCUUUUACUGCGUCUCCCAGCCCGUCCAGCUGCUUGAUUUGUUCGGUGUCUGUUAGCGGCGGCAGUUGUUAGGCUCAUAUUAUUAGUGCAGCCUCCGUGACCAUUUUGCCACAUUUUCUUACUUCUUCCUUUUUCUUUCAAGUUGCUCACUUGCUCUUUCAAGCGUUUCCUAUUUGCCCCUCGUUUGUCUCUACUUGACGUCCUCCUGUCGACGUCCCGACCCGAUUGACUCGACGGCGACGACGACCCUACGGCGACUCUUGCGCCGAAACCACCACAUUUUUAAGAGGCCAUGAAGUUACUAGCAUCCCUCCUGACCACAUUGUUGGCAGUGACGGGCUACACAGAUAUAGCAAACGCAUUGAGCGUCGGCCGGAACCCCCUACGAAAGACGACACAGAUCGAAGAUGUCCAUUUCACGACCGACUGGCAGCUGGUCCACGCCUGGUCCACCUUCGCCACAACCUUCAAGCUCGUCGACGGCAGCAAGGAGCGGAGGAUACGACUCGAGCUUUCCCCCAACGAAGACGUCAUCUCGAAGGACGCAUACGUCCAGGUGAUUGGUCCCGACGGCCAACCCAAGUACGGCAGGACCAUCGACCGGGCCGAGCACCGCGUCUUCAAGGGUAGCGCCUUUGUGCGCGCGAGCGAGCACGACCAAUGGAGGAACGCAGGCUGGGCGCGCGUCAUGGUUGUGGCAGACGGCCGGACGCCGUUGUUCGAGGGCGCAUUCAGCAUCGACGGCGACAAUCACCACGUUGAAACCGCGACCAACUUUGCCAGGACGAGGCACGACGAGGACCCGACGCCGCAGCGGGCGGACAAGGCUGGAAAGGGCGAGUACAUGGUUGCGUGGAGGGAUUCGGACAUCCGAGGACAGGGCGACGAGGGGGACUGGUCGGAGCUGAGGAGGCGGGAUGGCAGUCUUGUUCCCAGGAAAGCGUCCGGCUGCGGUGUGGAUGACAACCACGUCCGCGUCGAUGCUGAAGGCGGCAACGAGGACAGCCCUAUGCGGCACAAGAUCCGCGACGUUUCGCCAAACCUGGCCUCGUCGCCGCUCGACCGGCUGAUGGCGCGUCAGAACCGCAACGACGUGGCCAAUAUUGGCUCCACGCGAGGCUGCCCGACGACACGUCGUGUCGCCCUCAUCGGUAUCGCUACCGACUGCAACUACCGGGGCGCCUUCUCGUCCGACCAGGACGUGCGCGCCAACAUCGUCAACCUCGUCAACACGGCCUCGGCCCUGUACGAGCGCACCUUCAACAUCACCUUCGCCAUCCGGAACCUGACCAUCUCGGCCCGCGAGUGUCCCACCCAGACCAACGACGACAACGCCUGGAAUACCGCCUGCAGCCCCUCGACGAGCAUCUCGACCCGAUUGAGUCAGUUCUCCAACUGGCGCGGCCGCCUCAACGACAACGCCGCCUUCUGGACCCUCUUCAGCACGUGUACCACCAACACGGCCGUCGGCAUCGCCUGGCUCGGUGCCGCCUGCAUGAAGGGCUCCACGCGCGACCGCACGGGCACUGCCGUGGCGGGCGCCAACUACGUGGCCCGCACCAAUGGCGGCCAGAGCGAGUGGCAGGUCUUUGCGCACGAGGUCGGCCACACCUUUGGCGCUGACCACGACUGCAAUAGCGACCUCUGCGCCACCUCUGACGGGAGCUGCUGUCCUCUCAGCAGCACCACGUGCGACGCCCGCUCUCAGUUCAUCAUGAACCCCUCGGCCAACCGCGGAAUAGAUAACUUCAGCCAAUGCACCAUCGGUUCCGUCUGCUCCCAGCUGGGCGCCGGAACCGUCAGCAUGCGCUGCCUGGUCGACAAUCGCGGCGUGGAGACGGCCGUCGACCCCGUGUGCGGCAACGGCAUCGUCGAGGCCAGCGAGCAGUGCGACAGCAAGAACCCCUGCUGCGACAGCGCCACCUGUAGGUACCGCGCCGGCGCCACGUGCGACCCCUCGAGCGACGGCUGCUGCACCGCGCAGUGCGGCGUCGCCCCAGCCGAGCGCGUCUGCCGCCCUUCGACCGGCACGUGCGACCCCGAGGAGAAGUGCGACGGCAAGGCCGCCCAGUGCCCGCUCAACGUCGACAACACCAACCCCAACGGCCGCGGCUGCACCAGCAAUGGCGGCGGCAUCGUCGGCGACAUUGGCGCCACGGCCAGCAACUGGUUCGAGCAGAACAAGCCGCUCGCCAUCGGCCUCAUCGCCGGCAUCGGCGGCCUCAUCGCGCUCCUGACCGUCUGCUGCUGCAUCAGCAGCUGCCGCCGCAAGCGCGCCAUCCGCCGCCAGCGCCAGCAGAUGAUCGCCGCCCGCAACGCCCAGGCUGCGUCCCAGCCGGGAUUCGCCAACGGCACUCCCGGCUCGGGCCCUCUGCCGCCGCCGCCAAGCUACUGGGCCUCGUCUUCUCCCCCGAUGGCGCAGCAGCCCGGGUGGAGACCCCAGCGCACCACGAGUGCGAGAUAUGCAUAGUUAUAGGCGUUCCUUUGUUUUUCUCUUCUUCGCUUGUGUAUCUGGAUCUGGGUUUUAUAAUCUCUGUUUUGGCCUUUUCUGGGUUGUCACCGUUUUGGCAUACAUCUACUGGAUACCCACCAUUCGGAAGGGUUCUUUGGGCAUAUACAGAUGCAUACAUACAUUUCAACUCUUGUUUUUUCUUCUCUUUUUGACACUUGCAUCAACUAGCUUAGAUUAUGAACAUGACGACAUACCUGAUUCUCCACCCA